CCUUGGCACAGAUAUAUCAUAUAAAUUGGGUCAUACACGACGUUGCUCGGAAGAAGGACAGUCUUUCAUCGAUAUCCUCCUCACCACGACCAUUCCGUUUCCGCAGACGAGACUGAGUCAGCAAGAUGCGCGCCUCAUCAUCAUCGGUCCUCACAACGGCUCUGCUCCUCUUUGGAGGGGCGAUAGCGGGAUGCAGUGGAAAGCCCAGCAGCAGUAGCUGCCUCGACGCAUCCAUCGUUGCUCACUCGGGUCAACCGGUCGGAAAGGAAGUCGUGUACAACAACAUCACGCUGUACAUCUCCAAACCGGAUAGCAAAGCGGCUCGCACGAAGGCAAGAGAGGGCACCGCCGUGCUCUACUUGACUGACGUCUUUGGAAUCAUCCUGCCCGAGAACAAGCUACUAGCGGACAGCUUCGCCCGCGCCGGCUACCUGACCAUCGCACCGGACCUCUUCGGCGGCGACCCGGCCCCGGGGGACCUCAACGUGCCCGGGUUCAACACGACCGAGUUCCUGGCGCGCCACAACGCCACCGUCACCGACCCCAUCAUCGCCAGCACCAUCGCCUACCUGCGCACGCACCUCAACGUCACUCGCAUCGCCGCCCCGGGGUACUGCUUCGGCGGGCGCUACGCCUUCCGCUUCCUCGCGGCAGACAGAAGUAGAAAUGGUGCCGCCAUCGACGUCGGGUAUGCCGCGCACCCGAGCCUGCUGGAGGCGAGCGAGAUCAAGGCGAUCUCCGGGCCGGUGGCCAUCGCCGCCGCGGACGGGGAUAACAUGUUCGAUGCGAAGGCGCGGGCGCAGGCCGAGGCGGUGUUGGUGGAUGUCGGGCAGCCGUACCAGGUGAGCUUGUACUCGCAGACGCAGCACGGGUUUGGAGUGCGGGCCAACGUGUCGGACCCGAACCAGAGGUGGGCGAAGGAGCAGGCGUUUUUGCAGGCUGUCCGGUGGUUUGAUCGGUUCUUUAUGGGUAGUAGCUCCUCGUAGAAGGAGAAGGAGGAGAGGAGGUCAUCCGUCUCCUGGUGAAUAAACCAACCCAAGGGGGCCAUAGAGGUAAUACAACAAAGCUGUGUA